AUGAAUAAUUUUCUUUCUUUCUUUCUUUCUUUCUUUCUUUCUUUCUUUCUUUCUUUCUUUCUUUCUUUCUUUCUUUACCCACGGGAGGAGAAUCAGUGGAUUUUCUCUCUUUAUCUGACAUUCUUUCUUUCUUUCUUUCUUUCUUUCUUUCUUUCAUCUUAUAUUUUGUUAGUCUUUUCAAUUUGCGCUAUUUUCUUCUUCUUCUUCUUCUUCUUCUUCUUCUUCUUCUUCUUCUUCUUCUUCUUCUUCUUCUUCUUAUUUCGACCUCUUUUCACUUUUAGUUUUAACCCUUUUACAUUCUUUUGCGAUUUUUUUUCUUCUUUCUUUUCGAUUCUCCAAUUUCAUCAAUUUUCCCGCCCUACAAUUUGCUCUUUACUCUCGAAUUUUCGCCAUUGUCUCUUUCUUCUCUUCAUAAAUAAAUCGUCAGGAAUCUCUCUCCACCCCCUACUCACUCUCGCUCUUUCUGUCUUUCUUCUCACCUUCUCAUCUCUCUCUCCUUCUCACCUUCUCAUCUCUCUCUCCUUCUCGCUUUCUCAUCACUUUCUCCUUCUCACUUUCUCAUCUUUCUCUAAAUCCGGCUCGAAAUAUCAUCAUCCAUGCAAAUCUCUUGACAACAUCCGAACCAAUGCCAGCAAAUUGCAAAUCCGCCUUUCGAUGCGUGUGUAUAUUUGGACAGAGAAAACUGAAUCAGACAAGAGAAGACGGAAGGCGGGAAGAGGGAGAGAGAAGAAAUUAGAGAGAAAGACAAUGCCACCAUGA